GUCAGACACACAAAAGGACCCGCAGAGGGAAACAGAGCAGACACAAGGGCACCGGGGGAGGACAGAAUAACAGACCAGAGCUUUGACAGACAGGAAGAAGUUUAAACACUUGGAAGUUGUAGAAGCUCGGGAGUAGUAAAUGACAAAGGAGCCACAGGCAGCCAAAAUAGGAGCUCCAAGGAGAAGCAACACAUCUGCCUUCGCUUAAGUCAUUCUGCAGAUCGGAUUUCACUGUUGUCAUCUUCCACCAGUUGGACCUUUUGAGGAUGUCGGGCGAAAAGGAAAUGACCUACAAGGAGGCAAUAGAGAAAGCUGGCAACUCACUCACUCGCUUUCCUCUCAUCCCAAUCAGAGGUGUCCCCCUGAUGAGCAUUAUUGCCAACAACUUUGACUCCAUCUGGGCUUUUAAUCCGGACCCUUCUGACCUCCUCAUCGCCACCUACCCCAAAGCAGGCACCACAUGGACCCAGGAAAUAAUCGACCUUCUUAUCAACAACGGAGAUGCUGAGGCCUGCAGGAGAGCUCCCACACCUGUUCGCAGUCCUUUUCUGGAGAUCCACUCGCCACCACCCAUCCCCUCAGGUCUUGAUCUUCUGAAGAAAAUGGAUCCACCAAGAAUCAUCAAGACACAUCUUCCUUUCCAGUUGGUGCCUCAAGGAUUCUGGGAAAACAAAUGCAAAGCCAUUUAUGUGGCACGCAAUGCCAAAGACAACAUGGUGAGCUACUACCACUUUGAUCGCAUGAACAAGACUCAGCCUGAGCCCGGGCCGUGGGACGGCUACGUCCACAAGUUCAUGCAAGGACAGUUGGGCUGGGGCUCCUGGUAUGAUCACGUGAAAGGUUACUGGGUCGAGAGAGAGAAGAGGAACAUUCUUUAUCUCUUCUAUGAGGACAUGAAAGAGAAUCCGGCACGUGUAGUGAGGACAAUCAUGCAGUACUUGGACUUGUCUGUGUCGGAUGAGGUCAUCGACAGAAUUGUGGAGCUCACAUCUUUUAAGAACAUGAAGGACAACCCGAUGGCCAACUACUCGUGUGUGCCACCAGAAGUCUUCGACAUGUCCAUCUCUCCCUUCAUGAGAAAAGGUGAAGUAGGAGAUUGGAAAAACUAUUUUACGCCCGAGCAAUUAAAGAUGUUUGACGAGGACUACGAGAAGCAAAUGAAGGACGUUCACAUCCCUUUCAGGAGCCUCAUUUAACCAGCGAUGUCGCAUUAAGCUCUCAAACUCAGGACAGGUCCGAGUGCAGCGAAAUAAACAAUGUGUACACGUGCUGAGUAUUGUAAUCACCGAAGAUCGCGAAGAGGACGGCCGGUCAGUGUUUGUGUAGAGAAGUCAAUUAAAUGCAUUCCAAAAAGCAGAAAGUACACGAGUUCAUAAUCAUUACUUUAUUGCAGCUUAUUGUGUAAACAAUGUAUAAGACCAAAAGUGUUGAAACUGAGUGGACAUGCCCAUAUGAUGUCAUGAGACCCCCAGAAGUCCAUUGACUGCGUUAAGCCUACAGAGAGCGCUGACAGGUGUUCUGAAGUAAGAAGUGUGCAACCGAAGCUGCACCACACACAACGAGCAACAAAGACUAGAAGAACAGAAAUGAGCUGGAAAAUCAAUGAUAAGAAAAUGGACACAAAAACACAACAGCUGAAAAUAUCCAACUUUAACAAAAAAAAAAAAGAAAAAAAAAGUCACCUUUAAUACAUAUGUUAUUUCUUAGAAUAAAAUCUAAAAUAUCUUUAUACUUUCAUCAGUACGGAUACUUCCCUUCUUCAAUUAACUCUCCUUAUAUAUAUAUAUAUAGUGGCUACUUUAAUAUAGAUGAUUUUUGACAAGUUUUAUAGUUUUUUUUAAAUGUUUUCCUGUGUUUCUUCUCUCUUUUAUUGGUUGGCUCACAACGGCUCCCCUCUUGGGCUGUGAUCUUCCUCUCUCUCUCUCUCUCUCCUCGACCUUUACGGACUUCUUCUACAUCUCUAUUUUAUUUCUACGCCUCCUGAAUAGAGAAGAGGGG